AUGCCGGUAGCCUCGGUAGGGGGAAGCCGGUACUUUGCCGCGUUUUUGGACGACUACAUCAAACUCUCGGUUGUAGUCCCCUUGAAGCAGAAAAGCGAGGUGGCCAAGGUCACAGAGCACGUGAUCAACCGGUUGGAGUUGCAAUCGGGGAAGCAGCUCAAGUCGGUGCGGACAGACCGGGGCAAGGAGUACGUCAACAAGGCCCUUAAAAACGUUUUCGAAGGCAAGGGGACGGUCCACCAGAAAACCGCCCCCUAUAGCGCCGAGCAGAAUGGGUUGGCGGAACGACUUAACGGGGAUUUAGAGGAGAAGACCCGGGCAAUGCUUGAGGACUCGGGGUUGGCCAAAGAGUUGUGGGCGAAAGCCGUGGUGACGGCCAACUACACCCGGAACCGGACGCCCGUGAGCGCCCAUGGAAGGACUCCCUGGGAACUUUUCUUCGGUGAAAAGCCGAAUGUCGGGCAUACGAGGGUUUUUGGGGCCCGAGCGUUCCGCCACGUACCCAAGCAGCGGAGGCGUAAGCUAGAUCCGAGGUACCCCGCGCGCAAACGACGCGCACCGGGGAAGUGGUACCGCGCUAACUUAGCGGCGGAACCGAAGGCCGGGGAGCACCCCAAAGGGACGGGGGAGCACCCAGAACCGCAAACCUAUCAGGAAGCCGUAGGGGGAGAAGAGAGUGAACUAUGGCGGAAGUCGAUGGACGAGGAGAUGCGGUCUUUGUUGGAGAACGGGACCUGGGAGCUCGUCGAAAGACCGGAAGGGGUCAAGCCGGUUCCCAUGAAGUGGGUUUACAAGAUAAAGCGGGACGCUCUCGGAAAUGUGGAGCGGUACAAGUCCCGGCUGGUGGCGAAAGGGUACCUGCAAAAGCAGGGAAUUGACUUUGAGGAAGUCUACGCCCCAAUGAGCAACCACACCACAUUGCGUGCAUUGUUGGCGGUGGUCGCGGAGCGCGACUAG